GUCUUCAGACGGUGGCCAAUGCCAGGUGCCCCAGAGGGAAUGAACAGAACAGGUAAUCAUCAAGUGAUCCGCUCCUUGUCGCCCACUUGUUCCUACUUGGAAGGAACCAUCUUCGCAGUCUGUAUUCAUUUUAAAGCAGUUUUAAAAUCUUUCCCUCUACACGAUGAAAGGGUUUCGUGGGUCAUUUUCAAACUCUCACGCUAUUAGAGUGAGGGGGGUCGAAGGAACACAAGGCUGUUUGUGAAGGGAACAGCGGCUGCCGGACGCCAAUCUGAUCGGCGCUGCCUGGACCAUGUGGGCAAACACGUGGAUCCGGACGGUCGCAGGCUUAGUACAGACGUGUGGCGCUGUGUUGGCCCUCGUGGUUCCUGCAGGGGGAAGGCAAAGGCGAGUCCGCGUGCGCGUGAACAAGUCCUUAGUCCAGCCCAGGGGGAACAACCAGCCUGCAGCACAGGCUAGACCGGCAAGCAGCGCCCGGGCCUCUCCCGGCCACGGCAGCUUCUUUGUAUGUAGCGCCCCCGGCCGGCGCCGUGCGGACGGGUGGAGGGCGCAGCCAUGCUGCAGUGUGCCAGGCGGCGGCUGAGCCUGCAAGUGCUGGGAAGGGAGAGUCGGACGCAGCCCGCGCGCGAGGGGCCGGAGAGGACCGCGUUGGUGCCGCAGUGCGGGAGGAGGCGGUCGAGCUGGUUCCGGGCGCUGCUGGGCAGGGAAGUGUUUGAGGCUAGCGAUCGCUUAGGGGCACCGCGCACCCGGGAGCAGGGUUCUCGUCCCCUGCCUUCCGCCCAUCGCCUCCGGGCGGUCAGAGCGGUGUGUUCCGGCUCGCCCCGGGAUGGAGGUGGGGCCGAGUCGGAAGAGCAGGUCAGUGCCGCUGCAUCGCGUGUAGCCGACUCCCCGCAGGCGGACCCGGGUCAGGUGCUGAGGAGCCGGAGGAGGCGAGCCUGGGAAAGGGCCCUGUCUCCUCUGGAAAGAGUGAGCCGACUGCUACCAGAGGAGUUGCUCUCGGAAGAGAUCAGGGACCUACGGCGCGCAGACCAGGGGGAAACAAGGCAGGAGGACAGCAGUGAAUCUCCCCUCCAGCUGCCUGCUGCCAGUAGGUCUUCGCCCGCACAGCUGCAGAGGGAUGAAGACAAGACGCCUGUUGACACCCAUAACACAUCGGCUAAAGAUCUGCCUUUCCAAGCCGGGGACUUGAUUUUAGCAGAGUUUCGCAGAAAAACCUACACGGAGUUUAAACAUAUGCGUAACCUGACAGCUGUCGGGAAAUUGAAUAGCAAUUGGGGAGCUAUUAGCCACCUGGAGAUAAUAGGCAAACUACCGGGCCAAAUAUUUAGGACUUCUAGUGGGUUUCAGUUCCUGAUAAGGAGACCAGCCUUAGAAGAUUUUGUGUUGUUGAUGAAGAGAGGACCUGCUAUUUCAUAUCCAAAGGAUAUUAAUGCAAUGCUGAUGAUGAUGGAUAUCAACCAGGGAGACACUGUGGUGGAAACUGGUACUGGGUCUGGUGGGAUGAGCUUGUUUCUAUCAAGAGCAGUUGGACCUCGAGGACGUGUUAUAAGUUAUGAAAUCAGAAAAGAUCACCAUGCUGUAGCCAAGAAGAAUUACAGGCGCUGGCGUGAUGCAUGGGAAAUAGGACAUGCAGAAGAGUGGCCAGACAACGUGAAUUUCAUUAAUAAAGAUAUUUUAACAGCUGCUGAGGAUAUGAAAUCUAUAACAUUUGAUGCAGUAGCUCUGGAUAUGCUUAAGCCUCAGAUUGCUUUGCCUGUUGUGUAUCCAAACCUUAAGCAAGGUGGCGUGUGUGCUGUAUACCUAGCAAAUAUCACACAGGUUAUUGAUCUGUUGGAAGGAAUAAGGACCUGCGAUUUCUCUCUUUUAUGUGAAAGGAUCAUUGAGGUGACUCACAAAGAUUGGUUGGUACUCCCUGCUAAGCAGAAGGAUGGCAGGUUAGCCCCAAGAGUGGAACCUCAACAAAUUGUAGAUGAGGAACCUCAACCAAAAGAAGAUGAACUUCCUAUUCGGGAUCAAGCAGUAGUUGGAGAAAGUGACGAUGUUGAAUCACUUUCUGAUUAUGUCAAACCAUAUGGUUCAGUGCCUUACAUUGCUAGACCUUACCCUUGGCAAACUGGUCACACAGCAUUUCUCAUCAAGCUGAGGAAAUAUAAAGUGGCAUAUCCAUACACUGCUCCAGAUGGCAGCUGCUAAUUUGAGUACUGUACUUUGCCAGAAUAAAAUUAAAUGUUGUAAGUGGCUGUUUAAUUUUGUAGACUUGUAAAUUUUUUAAAAUUACUACUUUGAUUUAUAUUGAAUGUACAUUUUUAUAUUCCAUGUACAAUCUAAAGAAGAGACGCUAAUGAAGUAGUGAACUAUGGUACAGCUAUGCAAUACCAUUAGAAACAAACAUUUUAUAAUUGAUCUUGCAAUGAGUUUGGUAUUCUGAGCUAUGUCUAAUAACUCUGGUCAAACAUUUCAUUCUUCAUUUCCUGUAAACCAAUCCAUGGAUUUGUCUUGA